AUUAUAUCGUCUUAGAAUCCUCUCUCGCCCUUCUAUUAGCAGCCUUGGGCGUUUUUCCAUGGCAUCUGUUUUAGCCAUGGCUAAAACUCCAUCCUUGGGCUGCUGUGUCUUCCUCUUGUCCUUCUUCUUUUUAUCUUCUUCCUUUGUCGCAUACGCCAUAUCCGAAACAGAAGCUGCCUUCCUCGUGCGGCGACAACUCUUGACGUUACCAGAAAACGGCGAACUCCCUAAUGACAUUGAAUACGAGGUUGAUCUCAAGGCUACAUUUGCCAACUCAAGGCUUAAAAAAGCUUACAUUGCUCUCCAAGCUUGGAAAAAAGCAAUAUAUUCCGACCCGUUUAACACCACAGGAAACUGGCAUGGUCCUCACGUGUGCAACUACACUGGUGUGAUCUGUGCACCGGCUCUCGAUGAUCCUAAUGUCACGGUUGUAGCUGGUGUUGACCUCAACGGUGCAGAUAUCGCGGGGCACUUGCCUGCUGAGCUUGGUUUGAUGACAGAUGUUGCUAUGUUCCAUUUGAAUUCGAACAGGUUUUGCGGUAUCAUUCCUAAUAGCUUUUCGAAGCUGACGCUGAUGCAUGAGUUUGAUGUUAGUAAUAACUGUUUCGUUGGAUCCUUCCCUUGUGUUAUACUCACUUGGCCUGAUGUUAAGUACUUCGACGUUAGGUUUAAUGAUUUUGAAGGUCAAGUCCCUCCUGAGCUUUUCAAAAAGGAGCUAGACGCUAUUUUCUUGAACAAUAAUAGAUUCACUUCAACGAUUCCUGAAUCUCUAGGAGAUUCUACGGCCUCGGUUGUGACAUUUGCUAACAAUAAAUUUACCGGAUGUAUUCCUAAGAGUAUUGGAAACAUGAAGAGUCUCAACGAGAUUGUGUUCAUGGACAAUGGUUUGGGUGGUUGUUUCCCAUCUGAGAUCGGAAUGUUGUCGAAUGUGACGGUUUUUGACGCAAGUAAGAACUCGUUUAUCGGUAGGCUACCGACUAGCUUUGCCGGGUUGACCGGUGUGGAGGAGUUGGAUAUCUCCGGGAAUAAACUUACUGGACUAUUAGCGGAUAGCAUUUGCAAGUUACCUAAUUUGGUGAACUUCACUUACUCGUACAAUUACUUCAAUGGACAAGAUGGUUCAUGUUUUCCCGGUGGUGGUCGAAAGGAGACUGUUUUGGAUGACACACGUAAUUGUUUACCUGAUCGACCUGAACAACGGUCGGCACAGGAAUGUGCGGUGGUUAUCAACCGUCCGGUUGACUGUAGCAAGGACAAGUGUGCUGGUGGUGGAUCUUCAACUCCGUCGAGACCAUCGCUGGUUCCUACUGUACCGGUUCAAAAGCCAUCACCAGUUCCAAGUCUGCCUGUUCCGGAACCCUCGCCAGUUCACAAACCACAGCCACCGAAAGAGUCACAGCAACCGGAUGAUCCUUACGAUCAGUCUCCGGUGAAGAACCGUCGCAGUCCUCCUCCACCAGCUCCUGUAAACUCUCCGUCCAUUCCUCUUCCAUCACCUCCUCUACCACCACCGGUUCACUCUCCCCCACCUCCUGUCAACUCUCCUCCACCGCCGGUUCACUCUCCUCCACCGCCAGUCCACUCUCCACCACCACCACCACCACCGCCUGUCUACUCUCCUCCACCACCCGUCUUUUCACCACCUCCUCCUCCGGUUAACUCACCACCACCACCAGUUCUCUCUCCACCGCCACCUGUUCACUCACCGCCGCCACCUGUCAACUCCCCACCACCACCGGUCUUUUCUCCUCCAGCUCAUCCGCCUAAGUCCAGUUCACCACCGCAAACACCAAGCGAACCUUCACCAUCACCAAUGAUCUUUUCUCCACAACCGUCGCAAUCUCCACCAGCAGUCUCCUCCCCUCCUCCAGGACCGCCAAAGGUCGACUGCCCACCGGCUGCACAAGCACCAGCUCCAAGUGAUGAACUCAUCACACCAACACCAGCUCCGGUGGAGAACAAACAGACGCCGUCUGCACAAGCACCAGCUCCAAGUGAUGAGCUCAUCAUACCACCCUUCGUCGGCCACCAAUACGCAUCGCCACCACCUCCAAUGUUCGAAGGCUACUAAUAUCAAUCGAAGAGAGAGAGAGAGAGGAACCGACUAUAUAUAAAAAGGCAAUUGUAUCGUCUUGGACUAGUAUUGUAAAACGAAAGAAGAGAAAAUUAGAGGAAGAAGAAGAAGAAGAAGACAAUGGAAGGGUAAUUAAAAUUUGAGAAGCGAAACAACUUGUUACCAGAGGUGUGAUAAAUUUGUACUAUUACAACUUCUGAUGGUCGAUAAAGAUUUUUACCUUCUAAUCAAAAAGACUUGUUUUCGUUAA